UUUAAAUGGAUUCAGUUUGUAGCCAUAACCAAAAUCCCCUUUUUUUUGUGGUUAGGUAAGAACACACUCUUUCAAAAUAUUUCUUUGCUUAUUGGUUUAGUUAUUCUUGCAGAAUUCUCUGAUUAAAGCACACAGACUUCAUGCAAGAAUAACAAUAUCUUGAGGAAAAAAGAGUAGUCAUAUUUUGAACAAAGAAAAAGGAAAGUUUAACUAAGGUAAGGAAAAUCUCCAUCUUCUAUUGCAUUAUUACUCGGUUUUGGUCCCAAGAGGACCAUUUUCUGGGGAAUAACUUCUAGCUGUCCCAAAUUCUUCUGUCAAUCAAUUACCAUUUGCAUUUUCUCCUUAUCCUCUGGAAAUAUAGGACUUUUUCUUGUUCGAAUCUAUUCAGCAUUCUCAGACAUAAAAAUUCACAAAAACAAAAGAAAAAAAAUCAAAUUUAUUUUUCUUGAAGAGUUUGCACGCACUAUAGAAGAGUGGUGAAUGGUAAAGGCUCUUUCAGAAAAGGCCUUAGGUGCGCGUCUUGGGAAUGGAGCCUUAGGGAGCGUUAACCCCAUGAUCGGGUUUCUACUGUAAAGUGCGAAUCCAAAUUAGUUAAGCAUGUGGGUUAUGAGUUCCGGCCACAAGAUGCUUGAAAAAAAGAAGUUUGCCAGCCCCCAUCACUUCAUUUUCUAUUUUUUUAGCUCAAGGAAUCAGCUUUUAAUUUCUUCUCCCCUUUUUUACAAUUAGAAAUAAUUCAACUUUAAACUUUCAUUUUAAUCAUUUUAUCUUUAACAAGAAGAUUUUAUAACUGCACAAAUAUCAUGGCCCCACAAAGACCCUAUAAGCUUUUAAGACCACAAGUUUCAAAAGUCUUCUUGUUUUUUUUAAAGUUUCUAGCGAGUCAAAUUAUCUCAUCUAAAUUGAAACGGAGGGAUUAACGGGGUCUUUUGUUAUUUGACUUGCAGGAAUUGAUUCUUGAUCAGCUAGCUAUAGGAACAUGAUGAAUUUCAAUCGUCGGCUUCUUCUUCUUGAGACAGAACAGAAAAGUAUGCCACCAAUAAAUAGAAAUCAGACAGAAGAUUCGUACCUUAAUGAUUCAAAUUUCGACACAAAUAUGAUCAUAAUCCUUGCUGUUCUGCUCUGUGCAUUAUUAAGUGUACUUGGUCUAAACUCAGUCGUUCGAUGCGCUUUACGUUGUAGUCGUAGGUCGUUGGUCCAUGAAAGCACAGAGGAGUCACGAGUUGUUGCUGCUAAAGGCAUUAAAAAGAAAACUCUGCGGCAGAUUCCUGUGGUGGUUUAUGGACGACUGAAUUUUCCGGCGAGUGAAUGUCCAAUUUGCUUAGAAGAAUUUGUGGAUGGUGAGAAAAUUCGGGUGUUACCAAAAUGUUACCAUGGUUUUCAUGUGACAUGUAUUGACAAAUGGCUCUUGUCACAUUCAUCGUGUCCGAAUUGUCGGCAUUCUUUGAAUGAAUUGCAGUCGAUUUCUUCACUUGGUAAUCGUGAAGCAGCAAGUACGUCUCUAUCCCAAGCAAAUUGAGGUUGGAUGAAUGAACUGACAUUGUCUGUGUUGCUCUGUUGCAAAAUUGAAAUCGACUAUAUAAAUUUUCACUGUACAAUAGUAAAAUACUUUCUCUUUGCUCUGUUAAAAUUUGCCUUU